UCUGCGAUACUUCCUCUCUGGCUGACUUAGCUGACAGCAUCCAGACCCUGGUAUAGGCUUCACCACUACCCUGAGCCUGGGAUUGGCAUCAGCUUCCCACCAGUACUCAGCCAAGUCUGUCAGCUGGCGGUGACAAGGGCGGUGUGUUGUGGAGGUGUAUCUGCUGCUGGUGACCGUGGAGCGAGCUCAGCGGACUCGGCCUUGCCAGGAAAACCUUGUCAGGAAAACCUCAGUCCGCCACCCUCAUGUCCAACUUCACUCUUCAGGUCUUUACGAUGGCCACCAACACUACCUCUUCUGUCUUUACAAUGGCCACCAACACUACCCCUCCUGCAGCACCCUCCUCAGCAAAUGACAGCUUCACCCGCAUCCUGGCUAUCAUCAUACUGUCCAUGGCCCUCAUUGUGGGGCUUCCUGGCAACAGCUUUGUGGUGUGGAGCAUCUUAGGAAAGAUGCAGAAGCGCUCUGUCACAGCCCUGAUGGUGCUGAACUUGGCCGUGGCCGACUUGGCUGUACUGCUGAUUGCACCUUUUUUCCUCCACUUCCUGGCCCGGGGCACUUGGAUUUUUGAACUGUUUGGUUGCCGCCUGUGCCACUACAUCUGCGGAGUCAGCAUGUAUGCCAGCGUCCUGCUGAUCACAGCCAUGAGUGUGGAUCGCUCGCUGGCGGUGGCCCGUCCCUUCGUGUCCCAGAAGUUGCGCACCAAGGCAGUAGCAAGGCGGGUGCUGGCCGGCAUCUGGGUGAUGUCCUUUCUGCUGGCCACGCCUGUCUUCGUGUACCGCAACUUGUAUGCAAGGCCCAACGGGAUCCUGGUCUGCGCCCCGAUGUACCCCAGGGUAAGCCACAAGAUAUUCCAUCAGCUCUUCGAGCCCAUCACCGGCUUCCUGCUGCCCUUUCUGGUUGUGGUGGCCAGUUACUCCGAUAUCCGGCGCCGGCUGCAGAACCGGCGCUUCCGCCGCAGCCGGCGCAUCGGCCGCCUGGUGGUGCUCAUCAUCCUGGCCUUCGCCGCCUUCUGGCUGCCCUACCACUUGGUGAUCCUGGUGCAGGCGGGCUACUCGCUGGCGGGGAUGCCCGCGGCUAAGCAGCUGCACAACGCCCGCGCCGUGCUCAUCACGCUGGCCUUCCUGAGCAGCAGCGUGAACCCCGUGCUCUACGCGUGCGCCGGCGGCCGCCUGCUGCGCACGGCCGGCAUGGGCUUCGUCGCCAAGAUGCUGGAGGGCACCGGCUCGGAGGUGUUCAGCGGCCGCCGCGGUGGCACCCUGAACCAGACGGCCAGGGGCGACGCAGAGCCGGCCACCGAGGACAGCCCCGACACUGUGGAGUGAAGCCACUGGAAGCCUGCGGAGUGGCGGCACGCGCUGGGCCAGUUGGUCUGUUCUCUCCUCCGGGAGGAGAAUGCAGGCGGAGGUUGGAACCCCAGAGGGAGGGAGGAGCAAGUGAGGCGUGAGGGCCUGGCUCUCUUCGGCAGCUCUACAAUUAAAACUGAUUAAAACUUGGCUCAAUCCUGAGUGGGGUGUGUAUGCUGUGUACCCUUAUAGGGA